GCUAAAAAAACGGUAAUUACCAGCUAACGGAAACCCUGAUCUGUAUUCAAUGUACACUCACCACUUUUUCCUUGCAACAUUAUGCCAGCAUGUUCCACAGCUUAACAGCUCCCUCUUCUGGUCACUGGCAGCAAUUACAGUGUGAGGCAGAGCAGUGAGGCAGCAAUCAGCAUUAAUAUCAUAAUAAUACUAAAAAACCACCGUCUACCUUGCAAUAUAUACAUGUUGAAGUACAUUGUUAACACUAAAGAUUAUUAUGUUUAUACGAAUAUUUGUUAAUUUCUCAUACUUUCUAUUGCCCAUUAUUACCUCAACUACUUUUAUUUACAUAUUUAGAAUUUUAGAAUGUAUCUUAUAUAUUUUCAAUAAUGGAGUAACUUUCCCGACAUUCCACUGAGAUAAAUAAAGAGUUCUGAGCCUAAAGUUCCCAUGCAGCCAGAUGUCCAUGAGCAAUGCUCCAGAUCAGGGUCAGCUGUUUGACUGCACACUGUUUCUCUUCUGCAGACAUAAAGGCUGCAGCUGGGCUGAUGGGCUCACUACUGUCCAGCUGCAUGAAAGAUGGAAAGGAUGACGAAAGAGGGAUUGAGCUGGACAAACUGGACGCAGAGAUGAUCAAGCUCCUGGCCUGGCAGAGGAUCCAGCAGCUCUUCCCCCCCAAAGUUCCCAGCACUCCGCCCCCCCCAGCCAUCACGGCUGCCCCCAAAACCCCAACCCCAUCCCCCUGACCCCGAGGCCAGAAGAAGGUGCAGGCCAGAGCGGUGUUCUACCCCCUCACAGGAAAAGGAGGAGCUGUCAACAUGUGCUAUAGGACGUUAUACAUAGGAUCAGGUGCUGACAUGGAUGUGUGCCUUACCAACUACGGGCAUUGCAACUACAUAUCGGGGAAGCACGCUUGUAUUUUCUAUGACGAGAAUACCAAGCACUACGAGCUGCUCAACUACAGCGAGCACGGCACCACGGUGGACAACGUCCUCUACUCCUGUGACUUCUCUGAGAAGGCCUCGCCGUCUCCACCCAGCGGCCUGGUGGCUAAAGUGCAAGGCAUCAUACGUCGCAGUAAGAAGCGCGAGGAUGACGAGGGUCCCAGCUCCGUGGUGGGGUUGUUCCCGGCCGGAGGAGUGAUGAGCAGCCAGCCUCAGGGCGGGGGCGAGCUGUCGUGCAGCUGCAAGGCAAGCAGCUCCAGCCUGAUAGGAGGCAGCGGUGCGGGGUGGGAGGGCACGGCGCUGCUGCACCACGGCAGCUACAUCAAGCUGGGCUGCCUCCAGUUCCUCUUCAGCAUCACAGAGUUCGCCAGCAAGCAGCCCAAAGAGGAGCAGACCCCCCCUGCAGCCAGCUUCACCAGCAGCAGCAGUACCAUAACUCCCACCUCCUCCACCACAACCUUCACACCCCCCCCACCCAACACUGCCACAGUGAGCAGCCCGUCCAGCCAGGAUGAGACCGACACUGAGAAUGCCCCCCCCCACCAAGUGCCCACACUGCGCCCCAACUCUAUUCCAUAACCUGCACAGGAAGUCCCUCCUUCCCUCCCUCCUUUUUGUUUUGCACCUGCCGAGUCACAAUGAAGGGAAAGCUGCACAGCUGGUUGGUCAACAGGGAAAAGUUUAUUUUUUCAUUUUUAAUGGUUUAUAUCUUUGCAUGACUUGAAGUAUUAUUGACAAUCUCUUCCUUUUUUUGAAUGACUGACCAGUAACCCUCUGUUCACUUCAGACCGUUAGGACUUUGAGCUUUAUUUACGCUCAAUCUUUCUUUUGCCAGUAUAUUGGUCAUGUAUGGUGUAACAUUAUUUUGUCAGUCAGCCUAUUUAGUACAAAACCUUUUUUUGUAGUAUUGAAUUCCAUACAUUCUGAUUUAUUUUGCUGCUUUUGCACCAUAGGUAGCUAUAUAUGUAUGAAAACAUACAUGCUUAUACACUAUAAUAUGUAUAUAUAAUGUAAAUAUAUAUAGUUCAAUGCCUCUCAAUUGGAGAAACGUUGGAUUUCUUGUACAUUUACCAUUUUUUGGUUUUUAACUGUACAGUUCAUGGAAUUUGUGAUACUGUGUAGAGUACCGGAAGUUUUGUGAUAAAGCUCGUUCUUAGUCUGUACUUUCCGUUGUAAUACAUCUGUAAAUACUGUAUCGUUUUAGCACUCAUUUUAACAUCUUGUGCAGCUCUGUAUAUAAGCACUCUUUGUCUGUUCUUGCUUGUCUGUUCAAACGUGUAAAUACAGAAAGAUUUUCUAAGAACAAUCUCAACGGAUUUGUGUUCGCUGUAAUGUUUUUGCUUUUCAACACCUUAAUUUCAGCAUCAGGGGCGCAGGUGAAACACACAUGGAGAUGUCGGGUAUCAGAGCUCUGGAACAUUUGUAUUUCUCUGAUCAGGUGUUACGUAUUGUUGUAGGCUGACCCUGAAGAUAGGAUUGUGACAAAUGAUUUUUCCAUUGGAUUUUGGAAUCCUGGAUCUGUGACAAACAUGUUUAUGAUACCUACACAUGAGGUUCAGAGGGAUAGUCCUUCGUAUUAACACCACUUUUGUUCUAGUUGAAUUAUAAAUGCAAUUUCAAGGAAUAAAUAAUAAUAAUAAUAAUAAUACGUUUAUUUAUUAAAUAGCUAACGUAAUCUAUACACGUUUGCAUGAUCACAUGUGAACAAUGCUAAGCUAAAGGCUGCUAAUGUUUGCCUUGAUGUUUAUCUACUCUCAUUCAGACACUAGUUGGCAACUGCCAUUAUAAAGACACGUAAAAGCCUCAGAUGCUCACCAGUGGAGUAUUAACUGACACAUUUCAUGUUGUAGAACAACAUUUAAACAAUCUUGUAAGCUUGUGUUAACCACACAUUAUUUCAGGCAUCGAAACAAAAACAAGAAUAUCUUUUUAGACAAGUGAACGGGAAGUUAUGCCAACUCAUUUCUGGGUUGAGGUGUGUUUCCUGAAUAAUUAUAUUAAUACUUAAUUAUAUAAGCCAAAAAAAAUAGUAAAGAAGCCUGAGGCAUGUCAAACAGUGUGACAUGGGCCCCGUCUCAAGUCGGUUAAAUUAAAUCCUUGCUUCCCUCACUUGCGUCGUUUCCCUGUGUUUAGUCCCUCCCUCCAGGGAAC